AUGUCGAGCUCACAAGGUGGAGGCGACUCCAAGCUGUUCGCCCGGGGCAAGGUCGCCGAGCUGCGGCAGGACCUCAACAGCGGCGGCAAGAAGGACAAGAACUUCACGGCCAAGAAGGUCGCCCUCAAGAAGAUCGUCGCCAACAUGACCAUGAGCAACAACGACAUGGUCGCCCUGUUCCCCGACAUCAUCGGCUGCAUGCACAUCCAGAGCCUCGAGAUCAAGAAGAUGUGCUUCCUCUUCCUUGUCAACUACGCCCGCAUGCGCCCGGACAUCGCCGUCAAGGCCAUCCCCGUCCUCGAGCACGACGUGGAGGACCCCAACCCCCUCGUCCGCGCCCUCGCCCUGCGCACCAUGUCCUACAUCCACGUCCGCGAGUUCGUCGAGGCCACCGUCCCCAUCGUCAAGCACCUGCUCAAGGACGCCGACCCCUACGUGCGCAAGACCGCCGCCUUCACCGUCGCCAAGCUCUACGACCACGACCGCCACAUGGUCGAGGGCUCCGACCUGAUCGACCGGCUGAACUCGCUGCUGCGGGACGACAACCCGACCGUCGUCGCCAGCGCGCUGGCCGGGCUCAUGGACAUCUGGGAGCGCAGCGACGCGAUCAAGCUGACCAUCGACUACAGCAACGCGUCCAAGAUGGUGGCCAUCCUGCCCGACUGCUCAGAAUGGGGGCAGACGUACAUCCUGGAGGCGCUCAUGUCGUACGUCCCGCAGGAGUCGGGCGAGGCGCUGCUGCUGGCCGAGCGCAUCUCGCCGCGCCUCUCGCACUCCAACUCGGCCGUCGUCCUGACCUGCAUCCGCGUGAUCCUCUACCUCAUGAACUACAUCGCCGACCAGAAGCAGAUCACGGCGCUGUGCCGCAAGCUGUCGCCGCCCCUGGUCACCCUGCUGGCCAAGGGCCCCGAGGUCCAGUACCUCGCCCUCCGCAACGCGCUGCUCAUCCUGCAGAGGCGGCCGGCCGUCCUGCGCAACGACAUCCGCGUCUUCUUCUGCAAGUACAACGACCCCAUCUACGUCAAGGUCACCAAGCUCGAGCUCAUCUUCAUGCUGGCCAACGAGAAGAACAUCGACGAGGUGCUCACCGAGCUGCGCGAGUACGCCACCGAGAUCGACGUCCACUUUGUGCGCAAGGCCGUGCGCGCCAUCGGCAAGCUCGCCAUCAAGAUCGAGCCCGCCGCCCGCGCCUGCAUCAACCUGCUGCUCGACCUCGUCGCCACCAAGAUCACCUACAUCGUCCAGGAGGCCACCGUCGUCAUCCGCAACAUCUUCCGCAAGUACCCCAACCAGUACGAGGUCAUCAUCGGCACCCUCUGCGAGCACCUCGACUCCCUCGACGAGCCCGAGGCCAAGGCCGCCAUGGUCUGGGUCAUCGGCCAGUACGCCUCGCGCAUCGAGAACUCGGACGCCCUGCUCGAGGAUUUCUUGUAUUCCUUCCAGGAGGAGCCCGUCGAGGUCCAGCUCGCCCUGCUCACCGCCACCGUCAAGCUCUUCAUCCAGCGGCCCACCAAGGGCCAGGAGCUCGUCCCCAAGGUGCUCAAGUGGGCCACCGAGGAGACGGACAACCCGGACCUGCGCGACCGCGCCUACAUGUACUGGCGCCUGCUGUCCACCGACAUGGAGGCCGCCAAGCAGAUCGUCAUGGGCGACAAGCCCGCCAUCACCGCCGAGUCGGAGAAGCUCGACCCCCAGACCCUCGAGGAGAUGUGCCUCAACGUCGGCACCCUGGCCACCGUCUACCUCAAGCCCGUGCAGACCGUCUUCCGGUCCGCCCGGCCCCGCAGGCUCAUCGAGUCCCCCGCCCUGCAGAAGCACACGCUGCCCACGGCGAGCCAGCAGCCCGCCGCCUACGACGCGAACAAGCACCUCAGCAUGCUGGGCAUGGGCGGCCAGGCCACGGACGUGAACGCCCGGGCGCUGCAGCAGCAGCAGCAGUUGCAGGAGCAGGCACAGGCGAACGGGAACGGCAUGGACCAGGCCGUCAGCGACGCCGACGCCUACUUUGCCGGCAUGCGGAUACAGGAGCAGAGCGACGCGUUUGGCGGCGACGGCGGGCGCACAGAGGCCUACGUCGUCAACCAGUACGCGCCGCAGCAGGUCUUCCAACCCGCGCAGGGGGUGGCGAACAAUGGGGAUUUGCUGUUGUGA